AUGGCAUCAGUCAAGCGAAAGGCACCAGCACAAGCUAAGAAACUCGACCUCAAGUUCACAAUUGACUGUUCAAAUGUGGUAGAAGACAAAGUUAUCAUUAUGAGAGACUUUGAAAAAUACCUAACCCUCUUUUUUGCCGAUUUUUAUAUUUUUAUAAUAAAAAGUAUUUUUUUAGAUUGUUUUUUUAAAAAAAUAAUUUUUUUAUCUGUAAAGGGUAAGAGAAAGAACUAAGGUCAAUGGAAAGAAAGGAAACCUUGGCACCGAUGUCAACCUCUCCAGCAACGCCACAUCCAUCAUCGUCCAGAGCUCAGUUCCAUUUUCUAAGAGAUACUUGAAGUAUUUGACAAAGAAAUACUUAAAGAAAGUCAAGAUUGCUGAUUACUUAAGAGUAGUUGCCACAGACAAGACCAAGUAUGAGCUUAAAUACCUCAAGAUUUACGGAGAAGAGGGUGAAGAGGAAUAA